CACUCGGCAAUUUCCGGAGAAAAAUCAGAUUACAGACCGAAAACAAGAUCCCAAUGAACAACAUUCAACCGUAAACAGAUUUAUGAUUUACUGAUAAAUACGCCAUUUUAACGAUGAAUGAAGCUUCACUUUCCCUCAUCAAAAAUGGAACCGACGAUGAAACGUGCAGUAUGUUGCAGGAUUUCUCAUCGAAGCAUGCCCAGUCUUUUGCAUUCCCAGAGCUCACCAGAUCAGUAAAACAGGUGAUGGUUGAAAACAUUGUGGAGAGAUUGAAUAAUAAUUGUUCCCACCGAUGCAGUCUACUAUGCCUCACAUGUUUACGUUUACUUAGCCGUGAGAAAUCAGGUUUGGACACCAUGACAACAGAACAAGUCUUGAAGACACUUGCCAAAACAGCCAAACUUGAAGUAUAUGAUGGCAGCUCUGAUGUCACUCAGGACACUAACAGUGAUCAUCCAGUUGUGAUUGAGGCCCAGAAAUGUCUGUGUAAUCUCAUCUUCAACAGCACUGCAGCACAGAGGAUAUGUAGUGGUAAUGGAUGUGUUGAAGGCAUAGUACAGAGAUUGAAGACAUAUGAAGAGCCUCUCUUACCACAUGAAAUUAAGUUUUAUGACAUGAGAAUGCUGUUUUUGCUGACAGCCUUGAAUGCAGACAUCAGACCUAAGGUUCGUUACGAGUUACAUGGACUGACUUACCUCAUAGAAGUAUUGGAUCUCAUACUGAAAAGUUCUGACACACAAGCUACGGCAGCCCUGUCUGACCAAGAUGUGGGACUGUGCUGUGAGAUUCUGAAGAUCCUCUUCAAUCUUACUGUUACCAUGGAUAGAAAUAACCUUGAUGAGGAAGAAGAGGCCCACUUCAUGCGCCUUGUCAGUGUUCUCCACAACCUCCUACUCUCUAAGACAGUCAGCAAGGAGAAGCAAGAAGAUCUGCAAAGUCAUACAGUGAACUUGUUAACAAACAUGCCUAAGGAUUGCUAUGAAGAGCUGCUGUCUCCGGUGACAGAGGGUGUGUCUGCAGGUCUGGACAACAAGGACAUAGAAUAUGAUGGCAAAAGUAUGGAGUCAAUAGUAGCUUUGCUGGCUUUUCUCGAUUACAGAUUAGAAAAGCCUAAAAAGAUUCUGAAGGAGGCAUUGACCCCCAUCCUGCAUUGCAUGUGUGAGAUGUGCAGGGCCAAUAGGAGCAUACGCAAGUUCUGCCGCACCAAGGUGCUACCACCAUUAAGGAAGGAAGUCUUGAAUCUGCCAGAGGAGGGCCCUGCUAUAAGGAAUAAGUUGUGCCAGUUGCUGACUAGUCCUAUAACAGAAGUUAAGGAAUUAGUAGCAGAUUUCCUCUUUGUACUGUGCAAAGAAAAUGUUGGUCGGCUCGUGAAGUACACUGGUUAUGGGAAUGCUGCAGGUCUGCUGGCCUCAAGAGGGUUAAUGUGUGGAGGACGUGGAGAUGGUGAAUACUCAAGCGCAUCUGAUGAAUCUGAUACUGAAGAUUAUGACAGACUUAAGCCCAAGGUUAAUCCGGUGACUGGCAGGUUUGAGGAGGAGAAGAUUGACCCCAUGGCAGGUAUGACUGAAGAACAGAAGGAGUAUGAAGCAAUGAAGCUAGUCCAGUGUCUUGACAAACUACACAAGACUGGGAUUAUUCAACCAUCUACUAUAGGAGAAGAUGGUAAACCAAGGGCGGUAGAACACAUCCUGGAGUUAACAGAGGGGAUCAACAUACAACCUGAAAACAAUUCAGACUCUGACUCUUAAUUUACCAGUAUUAGAAGCACUCCUGUCAGUGCUAGGUAGCUAUGUGUCCCUUGUGUCUGCUGUCUGCAAGCCUAGCUUGUACUGGAUGUAUCUUUGAGGGGAGCUUAAUCACUCUAGUCCUUAUGCAGCUUUAAAGUUAAAAAACUUUAUAGACAGUUUUAAACUUGAUGACUUAACCUUUCAGGUCCCCAACCAAUAGUGUUGGAUCAUAUUGUCAUCCAAGGCACAUCUGGAUGACUGUACUCACAUUUAUAAUGCAUAUUUCUGAAUAUAUGUUCUAAAAUCUUGUCCGUUAAAUCUUGUCUAGAAGUCUUCAGCCAAACCAUUUGAUUGAUGGGUUUUAGAUUUACUGAUUCUUUUAUAUUAAAUUCAUGGAUGCUUCUUGGUAUGAAAACUGAAUUAAAUUUGAUUUUGGCAGUGCCAGAAAGAUUUAAAGUCAUCUAUUUUGGUUGUCUGUUUAGGUCUUGUCUACAUUAAUAAACACAUCUGUAAGGAUGAGAAUGUACAUGGUAAAAUGUUAAACUAGGCUAAAAUGAAAUGAAUCAUUGAAUUGUCUGACAGAUAUUAGACACAGGAGUAGACUUCAGGUUCUACUAAAACUGUGGUGUUGUUGAAGAGACUGCAUGAAUGCACAUUAUUUAUGUUUUAGUAUUUGAGUAUUUAUUGUGCUAUAAUGUAAUUUGGGAAAAUCUGAACCAGUUGCUUCUUUUUGUUCAAUUGCUGUAAAAAAAACAUUGAACUUCUAUUGGGUAAUAGGAGCAAUUUUUUUUCAAAAUUGGAAAAUUAUCAGCUUGUCCAAUGGUGCAGGUACAUGAGGUAGCUAAUUUGGAAAAUUUGGCCCAUCUUAACUUUCUUUGGCUGUUUGGUUUCAUAAAAACAUUGUGCUAUUUGUAUGUUUUAUUGUUAGAUUAUAAUCAGAAUGUUCAUACCAUAUUAUAGGAGGUUUUGAAUCCUCACAAAUGUGCAAUACUACAAGGCAUUGGGACAGUGAUAAUAAUAUGUGUAAUAUUCCUUUAACAACAAUGAAUGUCCAGUUGCUCCUUGAGGAAUGUUCAUUAACAAAACAAGUUUAUUCAUGUUUUACAAAAAUGUGAUUGUUCAUGUACAAAAAUGUAAUUGUUCAAGUACAAAAAUGUGAUUGUUCAUGUACAAACAUGUGAUUGUUCAUCUACAAAAAAUGUGAUUGUUCAACAUCAUAACAUGGAAUCAAUCUAUAAAAGAAUUUGUCAGGAGCACAUUUAUUGAAAAGAUACUGUGUAGUUGGGGAAAUGUCAUUUCAAUUUCAUUGAAUUUAAAUAUUUGGAUUUUGAGCUAUGCUUUCUUCCAAAAUAUCUUCACAUAAAUUUAUGAAAAAUAUCAUUUCAUAAAUAUUAUUAUUUGUUGAUCAUUGUAGUGAAAAUUACUUAAAAAUUCUCAGGUGGAUCUACCUUAAAAUGAAAAAUCUAGAAUGGCCAUCUUCAAUUUUACCCAGCAUGCCUGAAAACAAAUCAUUUCAAGAUAUUCACACAGUAAUGCAUCCAUGAAAAUUACAAAUAAAAUGAUUUGUCUGAAAAUGCACAGACAAGCUUUUAUUAUCAUGAAUAUCUGCAACUGCUCUAGAUUUUUAGGCAUGCUGGGUAAGUUAAAGGUAGCGCUUCUUAAUUUUACACCCUAAAAUGCAAUGCCCUUAUCUAUAAUUACAAAGAAAUAAACAUGACAUUGUCACUUCAGCUCAGAUUAUUCAGUAUACUCGUAUAUGUUCAGAAUACACAUAAAGGAUAUCCUUUGCUUUUCUAUAAGUAGAUAUCAAUCUCUUUGAGCAAGUGGAUAAAAAUUAUAGUCAAGGCAGAUGAAAUGAUAUGAUAUUUGUCCUGUGGACUGGACUAAUGUCAUGUGUUAAUACCUCACCAUAACAUCAAGAAAUAUUUAAAAACCUCAACAUGAACUUUUGAACUGAAAAAGAUAUUUGGAAACAAUUGGUAAUGAGUCAAUGAAGAUUGUGUUUUUUACAGUUUUACAAUUCGCAUGAAGUUUUUUCAUAUACAAGUCAUCGAUGACAGAUAACACUAUAGAAUGUGAACCAACGGUGAAUAAUAUAAGAAGAUAUUUCAUUCUAUUUUUGUGUCACUUUCAAAAAAUAUUCCCUUUUGAAAGAUGCACAAGUACUUCCCUCAACAGAUUGAAAUGUUUUAUAUCAUGUUUAUCACCCUAUUGUUAUUCAGUGAUGGUGAAAUUUUUGAAUCAUACUUCUACAUCACUGGAUACAGCAUAUCACUCUUUGACAUCUAGGCUAUACUUUUUCUAAUUUCUUGUAAAGUAUUUACUCAAAUCAUUGAGUCACUUUUAUUAUUAUCUCCCUGUCAGACUCGCAAUUGUAUGUUUCAUCAAAACUUGGUCACAUGACAUGAAAGAUCAGGUGAUUUACACUCGUCAUGCUUCUCAAAUUAACAGCCGGUGAAUUGAAGCUGAAGCAAAAUUCUUGUAGAUCUAGAUUAUAAUCACAGCUGAUAUACAAUAUAGGUUUUAACAGAUUGAAACAUACAUUAUGUAUUUAAAUGUAUUCAACAAUUUUUAACAUUGAACUUUUAUUUUCUGUUCUAUUUUCGGUGAAUACCUGUUGCACUUUCACAAGAUCAUAUUCUACUAUCACUCAUGGAAUAUCACUUGUGAAAGACAUGGGUAUUCACUGCAGUAGAAUGAAAUAUUUUGACAAUAUUUUCAAGGGUGCAAUAUUGUU